AUGGCCGAACUCCUAGGAACCGCCGCUAGUGUGAUCGCGGUCAUCCAGCUCACCGCGGCCGUGGCCUCGCUGAGUUACGAGUACAUCAGCGGAGUAGCGCGCGCGCCCUCCGAGCUCCAGCGCUUCAUGAACGAGCUGAAAGCGCUCACAGCGGUGCUGUCGAGGCUGCAGAUGUUCGCGCUGGACAACCCGGAUAUCGCAGACUCGUGGGGACUUGGCGAGGAGCUGCGCAGAUGCGCGGAGGAGUUGAAGGAUGUCAAAGAGAGGCUGGAGCCGAAGAGAGGUUGGUGGGGGACGGCCUUGGGGAGGUUGCAGUGGCCGUUGGGGGGGAGGGAGACGCUGGAUUAUGUUUGGAAGAUAGAGAGGCUGAAGAGUCAUUUUACGCUGGCUAUGACGGCCGAGAAUAGGACAUUCUCAAAAGUGAUUGAUAAGAACGUGCAGGAUAUAAAACGAGAUCUCUACUCGCAUACUUCAGAAAUGAAAACACAGCAGCUUAAUUCAGAUCGGACAAAUGUGUUGAACUGGCUAUAUCCUCUCCCAUAUGAUGAAAAACAUAGAGAGAUUAGUGGGAGAAGACAAAAGAAUACUGGUCAAUGGAUCUUAGGAUUGCAAAAUGUGCAUAAUUGGCUCGACCCGAAUAACACAGGCUCUCGGCUUCUUUGGGCGUACGGGAUACCCGGUGCUGGAAAGACGUUUUUAAGUUCUUUCAUAAUCGAUCACCUUCGGGCACAAAACCAGGCCUUGGCAACUGUAAGGACCGGAUUAUCGAACAAUUGCAACAGAGCGCCAAUGGAAUGUUUUUAUUAG